GAAUGUUAGGAUCUUGGAGGUGCCACAGACGCAGAGACGCACCUUGGCACCUGUUCCCCUGGGUUUCGUCUUCUGUUUUCUGCUCUCGCAACGCUUCGUGCUGUCUAAAGUAGUUGAUUUUACGUUAGGCUGUACAUACCAAACAUGUGUAAUGCUAGUGAACGCGUUGCGGCAGCGAGCACGUUCAAGCCUCUCUCUAACUGCGGUUUUUUGAGACGCGCGCUAACUUGUGAAUAUCUAAUUGUGCAGAUGUAUUGUGCAGUCAGCUGGUUCAGGAUUGAGAUCAGAGGUUUAUGUUCUACUAGUCACGUAUAGCGGCGCUCUCGUGAAUAUUUACGUAAGUCUUGACCUCGACGAUCGUAUCUGAAUCGAGAGGCGUUUCGUAUUUUCGCUCUGUUCUUUGGUAACACAGUGGAGUUGAAGCUACGUGUAAGCUGUUGGUUGUUCGGGUUUAGGCCGUUCUUGUUCAUUUGGUUGCCACGAACAUGUUCUACAGUCUUUGGACAUGUUUAGUUACACCUAUAACCACGCCCAUCUAUUAACUAAUCAGUUCUAUUCGCCGCCACAUAAUUGUUGAACUGUUAUCAGGCCACUUCACGAUAUGGAUCCUCACAACUCUUUUUCCAAGAUUGAAGACAGCCAGUCUAGAGGGCUAGUUGUUCGUAUUUCGAUACCAGAUCAGAAUCUACAGAAAUGCUUGAUGUUGAACCCCUACGACACGGUUGGUGCUGCGAAAGAUCAAAUGUUGACUCGUCUAGCAAAGGAUGUGGAUGAUGCUGUUAACUAUGGUUUGUAUCUCCCGCCCUCGAAUGGUCGUUCUGGAAAGUUUCUUGAAGAAGACCGUCCUCUCGCUGACUACUCACUGCAUCAUCCCAUUGCUCUAGAGUUCAAAUUGAAAAGCAGAGACUAUCGAGGAGAAAGACCAGAUGAUAAAACUCUCCAUAAGUCAAAUACGAAGGUCAACCAGAGGAAAUUUAUGGAUCACGUGACUCUUGCUCACGUCGAAAAGAUGAUGAAACUGCUUGACAAAGGCUUUGAUCCAAACUUUCAAGAUGAACAUAGUGGAAAGACACCAUUGAUUGCAGCUGUAAGUUUGAGUGGCAACUCUUGCAAAGACACAAUAAUGGGUCUUGUCAAUAGUGGAGCACACAUGGAUUUUCGUGACAAAGAGGGGCAGACUGCUUUGCAUCAUGCAAUCAGGCACAAUAAUCAGCUGGCUCUGAAAGUCAUGCUUGACUUAGGUGCUUCACCAAACUACAAAGAUCGGAAGGGUCUUACUCCUGCUUACUACUCAGCUCUGCUAGGUGGGGAUGCUUGCUGCUUGGAGCUUCUGCUCAGUGAACGCGCAACAUUGGAGGCUCAUGAUCUGUCUAAGUGGAGAGAAAUUCACCAGGUUUGCAAAUAUGGCAGAGUGAAACAUCUUGAGCAUCUCAUUUUCUAUGGAGCAGAGUUAAAUUCUCAAAAUGCAACAGGAAAUACUGCUCUCCACAUUUGUUCUCUCAACAGCCAUGAAGAAUGUGCUCGAGUAUUGCUCUUUCGCGGGGCUAACAAAGAUGUGCUGAACUAUGCUGGACAGACAGCAUAUGAGGUUGCUGUAAUUUCAGGCAAUAAGGCAAUAGCUAAAUUAAUCGAGACUCAUUCACAUGAAGACACAGUUCUUUUUCGACAGAAACCUACAUAUACUGCUCGGCGGCGUCAAACUAUUGUCAGCCCAAAAGCUAAUGAGAUGGAUCACAGAGGAAUUGAUGUUGCAAAUUUAAAAGCUGUGUCUGUCAUGUCUGAUGUAAAUAGCAGCCUGGGCAGUGAGUCACCAACAAAUAUCCAUAAACAUUCUACCAUUGCGUCAAGCAGUGAUGCCAGCUCUUCUGUAAUUGGUGGAAGAACUCCUGAGCAACCACAAGCUAGGAAUGUUUCUCAAUUUGAUGUCAAUGGCUUUCCAUCACCCCCAAGAAGUCGUUCAACAACAACUGCCAUUCCCAAUGCUGUUCUUCCUCCUAAAUGCAAUAGUGUUGCCAGUUCUCAUUUGGUGUCACCAGACAGUAUGACAGUUCAAGUUUGCCAUGAUCCAUACUCAUCAUUAAAAAGGAAGCAAAAUUUACAACCAAGAUCUCCUGGUCAAAGUCGAAAGGCAUCUGUUAAAGUUGUAGACAGUACUAGAUCACCAAGAUCUUCCCCUCAAGUAAAACUCAAGCAUGGUCAAUCUCCACCAGUCAAAGUCAAACAGUCCAGAUCAACUGUGUCAUCUGCCUCCCCCAUGCAACUUCCAAAAGUAUUUGCUCGGCUAUACCCUGCCGUUGAGGGUAGGAAGUUUAUUGCAGUCAUCAACUAUUUUCCAAACAAUUCAGAAGAGUUGGAGCUGGCAGAGGGUGAUGAAGUGGAACUUUUGUUUGUUGGAAAAAACGGAAUGUGGGAGGGUAGAGUUGGUUUAAAGCAAGGCUGGUUUCCAAGCUAUGCAGUAAGGGAGAUGGCAUCUACAGGACAUGUUGUUAUUCCAACUGCAAAAAACUCAGACUCGGGUAAAUUUGUGGGGUCAUGUAGCCCUUUUUUGGAUAGGCAUACUGUAGUGAUGCAACGGAGUGAUGUGGGGCUAGGCUUUUCUAUUCGAGGACCAAAAACUGUUUCACCCAACUUGAAUUUCAGACCAACAGCUACAACACCAUCAUUGCAACGAAUUGGAGAGGUUGAUAAAGGGGGAGUAGCUGAGAUGUCUGGUCUUCGUGGUGGAGAUCAUAUAUUGGAGGUGAAUGGGUACAAUGUUGCAGCAUCAAGUCAUUCAGAAGUGAUCAAGCUUAUCAAGGCGUCGGGCCCUGAGCUAAAGCUGACUAUUGUCAGUCAGCGACGAUUGAACCCAACUGAACAGAAAUUCUUGUCAUUAACAAGCAGUGACAAAGCUUUGACACAAAGCUCUAAUUCAGACAGGAAGCCAUCACAAGGAGUAUCAAAUGAUUCUGCCCAAACUGCUCUCAUUUAUGCGACUCCUCCAAGACAACGUGCAAUGACAACAAGCGUUAUUAGCAAAAAUUCUCCACCCAGACCACCCCUGAGAAAAAGUUCUAAACUGACAUUGGUGUCAGGUGAUUCAUUGACACAGAGAGAAAGGACCAGUUCAUUACCCAGUCAACAUGGCAAUGUUACUUCAGAACUAGCUGGAGCACUGGCCAAGAGAUCAGCUCAAAUCAAGGCAGGUGCGCAGUUGUUUUCUGAGAGAAAAGUGGACAGCAAAGAUUCUGAUUCAAACAAUGCUGCAUCGAUGAUUGCUCAGUUAGCAGCUCAAAGAAAUGCUAGGGUCAACGGAGAUAUGACAAAUUUGGCAAAUGAAGACAAGGUGGAAAGCAGUGCAAAUAACAAAUCGGCUAAUGUGGAAAUGAGUGAGUUUGAAAAAGCUUUGGCAGCUCGCAAAGCAAAACUAGCUGCCCGACCUGAAGAAAAUAAGGGAGAUACACCGGACAGGAAAGCUGACUGUUUAGGUAUUAAUGCUACAGAAGCUGAAGUUGAUGAUCAUCAGACAGGAGCACCUGAUGAGGAGAAAGUUGUAAGACAAAUGGUCAGAGAUGACAGUGGAGUAAGGAUCAAGGCUUUGAGUGAUGCUGCCUCCAAAAGGCAAAUGAGACAGCCAAAUGUCAAAACGAGUACAUCUAAAUCUGCUAAUGAGACAUCAGCAAGUAAACAUGAACAGGUUCUAUUUGACUUGUCUGCAGUCCUAAAUGCUGUACCAACUACAGACCAUCCUCGUGGACACAGGACUAAUAUUGUAAGUGGUGCUGGUUCUGGCAUUGUGAAACAGGAUGUUCCCACAGCUACUAGCGAGACUGUUGCAGUUGUUAUUGGAAAUGAGACAGUUGAUAUGGACUUGGACAGAGUUUUGGAAUUGUGGGGCAAAGAAACAACAGUAAACACUCUGCAUCCCAAGAAAAUAGAUACAAUCUAUCUUGACAGUGAACAGAAUGAGCUUGUGAAUGGCACUUCGAGUUGGGACAAUAUUCAGUUGCCACCACCUGAUUUCCUCUUUGAUGCCAAAACCACAGUCAACCAGACAGAAAGGCAUAGGAAUGGUAGUAAGAAACAAAUACUGCUGGAAGCUUCAGAAGGUCCAUUGUCCACCACAGAUUCAGUUCCUUUUCCUGCAAGGUUUAGUACAAAGCAAGUUGUAGCAACUCGACAGUCUGGUGGUGCAUCUCGAACAAAUGAUAUGGUUUCAACUCUGCCUUUGCCAGAGUUAAUUCCUGGUCUCAGCAUGUUAGAAGCAGAGUUGGGAGAUAUGUAUCCAUUUGCUGUACCUUCACCAGUGCUGGAUAAUGUACCACAUGACAAACUGCCUUCUCCUCCCACUGAUUUCUGUAAGAUGGAGGGUGGUUUUGUAGUACCACCUCCAGAGACAUUUGACACUACUUGUGUUGAUGAAGACCAAGUAUUGCAGGGUAACUCUCAAUUUGGUGGUUGGAUUCCUCUACCUGUUGAUGAAACAAAAUUUCCCAUUGAUGUAUCUAUGCUACCGCCUCCUCUAGAUAUGCCUGAAUUUGAUGAGCAGGGUCAUAAUCAGCAGCUGAACCCAAUGUCAUUUUACAGCCUUCCAUCCCCUAUCUAUGGAAAUAUUGAGGAAAUGGGUCAUAUGAAGCAUGGCUUGGUUAAUAAUGGAGAUGGGCCUCCACCAUUACCUUUAUGUCCACCACCGCCAUUGGACAAUAGAAGGGACAAGAGAUGGUCUGACCAACUACCCCCUCUGCCUGAUUAUUCUCCCACUGACAGCGGAGUUGACACUUGGACAAUCCCUGAUACUGAAGAUCAAUUGAGUUGGCAACACAGAGUGGAUUUUAAUGCUGUUGGCUAUGUGAAUGGAAGUGCUCUGAAUGGAAGUGCUCUGAAAGCAAGAGAGCCAAAGCCGAAGGACAAAUUAUUUUCUCUCAAUGCUGUAGUCGAAUCAGAUGACUCAUCUUCAGUUCUGGUUGGACAAACUGGUGUGUCUCGUGGGAAACCAAACAAAUCAUUGUGUUUUAAGCCUCUUUUGCAGUGGACAGUAAAUGAUGUGUCAGAUUGGCUCAGAUCAUUUGCCAUGGAGGAAUACGUGCAAUCUUUUCAUGACAAUCAGAUUCAAGGCUCUCACCUGGCUGAGAUGACUAAAGAUGACUUUAAGGAAUUGGGCGUUCUUCCCCUAGGCCACAGACUAACCAUAGCAAAUGCUGUUGCCAAGUUGCAGUAAACAAAAACAACAAACUCCGCUGGUCUGUUGGUCUUUCUGUAUGGUUUACAGUUCAGUGAUAUACAAAUAGGAACAGUACAAUAGUAACUAUUUUUAGCAUAA